UACGACGCACUGAUCGUUAGCGGUGGGGCUGUUGAGGGCGUCCCCGGCAGCCGGCGAUCAGCAGAAGUGCGUGAGAAUCAGAGGGGAGAACAUCUAAAUAACGAGGAGCAGCACACCACCUCAGCUUGAGGCCUUUCCCGUUUUUCAUUUACCAUCAUGGUGGUCGUCAACAUCCAGAGCGAGGAAAAUUCGGGAGGCCAGACCGACAAGACACCAGCCGCCGCCGAGAACAAGGGCCAGGUCAAGCCGUUCAUGGCUCUUAAAGUGACGGGAACAGUAAAAUGGUUCAACGUAAAGAGCGGAUACGGAUUUAUCAACAGGAAUGACACUGGAGAUGACGUAUUUGUCCAUCAAUCGGCAAUUGCCAAAAACAACCCAAAAAAAGUCGUCCGUUCAGUCGGAGAUGGCGAGACAGUCGAGUUUGACGUUGUAGCCGGUGAAAAGGGCAACGAGGCAGCCAAUGUGACUGGCCCGGGGGGCGAGGCAGUCAAAGGGAGCCCGUAUGCAGCCAACAGGCGUGGCUAUCACCGCCAGUGGUACUACCGUAGCCCACGCACCAGGCCGGUUCGCAGCCAGAAGGACGGUGACGAAGGCGGCGAAGAAGACGAUGCCAACCGCGACAACAAGCAGCGCAAGUUCAGGAACAAACGGUUCCUCAGCGGCGGUGCCGGCUACUAUCGUGGACGCCCAGGAGUUAACGACAAAAAUGGUGAGAAAGGAGAGGCCGGCGGUGAUGAGGUCGGUGCUGAAGGAGGUGCAGGGGGUGGUGGCAGCGGAGGUCGCGGUCGCGGCGGCCGGGGUCGUAGAUCAAGAUACCCCGGCUUUCGCGGAGGGAGAGGAGGGGGCAAGAACAACGCCCAGAGCGACGGAGAUCCCAGCAAAGAUAUUAGUGGUGAAAACAACCAGGAGAGAGGAGAACGCGGUGGAAGGGGUGGACGCGGCCGCGGUAGACCGAGGUACAGGCGGCCCAACAGAUCUCUUUCUUCGGCGGACAAACAACCUAAGGAAAUAAGCCAAGCAGUGCAGAACACGACCGAUGAGAGUGCCGCUUAAGUCAUCAUCAUCUUUAAUUAUUACAACAGAAAUAUGUUCAUUGUUUUUUCCCCUUUUUUUCUUAUCUCUCUAUUAUGAUUUUAAAAAAUUUCAUUAUGAAAACUGCUGAAUGAAGUAACUUUAUAUAUAUGUUUAUAUAUAUAUAAAGAAGAAAAAAAUAUAAGCACGCGAAUUCUUUGAAAAAGAAUCCCUUUCUCGAGGCUUGUUUUGUUCUUUUUAUAUAUAUGUGUGUGAUUAUUUAAAAAUAAAAUAAUAUAACGGGGAUUCGAGUUUAAAAGAACGGUGCAAAGCCGAAGAUCGCCGCUCUAGGAAGGGACUAUCGAAGAAUUUAAUCUUUACUAUUCCCCUUUUACAUUUUAUUUUAUAACUAGUGCAUGCCUAUCAUUUUUAUUUUUUAACACAUUCAAUCGGGUAUACAUUUUUAUUUAUUUAUUUAUUUUUUUUUUAUUUCGCGUUGCAUCAAUAAAUAACUUGAUUUAUUGAAAAA